AUGGUGCUUUCUGAAUUAAACGCCGACGUAUUCCCAUGGCUGAAAUCCAUGCCACUAGCACCCGAAUACCGACCAACCGCCGCGGAAUUCGAAGAUCCGAUCGGUUACAUUUUCAAGAUCGAAAAGGAAGCAUCACAAUACGGAAUCUGCAAAAUCAUUCCACCGUUUCCGCCGUCACCGAAGAAAACCGCCAUAGCUAACCUCAACAGGUCACUGCCUAAUUCCACAUUCACGACACGUCAGCAGCAGAUCGGGUUCUGUCCGCGGAGGUCCCGGCCUGUGAAACGGCCUGUCUGGCAGAGUGGGGACCACUACACUUUUGCUGAGUUCGAAGCGAAAGCAAAAUGGUUUGAGAAAUGUUACAUGAAGAAGCAUAACAAGAAGGGCAGUGGUAAUGGUAAUGCUCUUGAAACGGAGGCGCUGUUUUGGAAGGCUACGGUUGAUAAGCCUUUUUCAGUUGAGUAUGCGAACGACAUGCCUGGCUCUGCGUUUUCGGCGCAAUGUCGUCAUGCUGGAGAGGCUGCUUCGGUGGCUCAUAGUGCUUGGAAUAUGAGAGGGGUUUCAAGGGCGAAAGGGUCUUUGUUGAGGUUUAUGAAGGAGGAGAUUCCUGGGGUUACUUCGCCUAUGGUUUAUCUUGCUAUGCUUUUCAGCUGGUUUGCUUGGCAUGUUGAGGAUCAUGAUCUGCAUAGCUUGAAUUAUCUUCAUAUGGGGGCUUCUAAGACAUGGUAUGGUGUUCCUAGGGAUGCUGCGGUUGCUUUUGAGGAUGUUGUUAGGGUUCAUGGCUAUGGUGGAGAGAUUAACCCUCUUGUUGCAUUUUCUAUUCUGGGUGAGAAAACCACAGUGAUGUCACCAGAAGUGCUUAUUAGUGCUGGUGUUCCAUGCUGCAGGUUAGUACAAAAUGCUGGAGAAUUUGUUGUUACAUUUCCAAGAGCCUAUCACACAGGGUUUAGUCAUGGUUUUAAUUGUGGAGAGGCAGCAAACAUAGCAACACCUGAGUGGUUGAGGGUUGCUAAAGAUGCUGCUAUUCGAAGGGCUUCAAUAAAUUAUCCUCCCAUGGUUUCACAUUUCCAGUUACUUUAUGACCUUGCCUUAGCUUUGUGUUCUAGAAUCCCUGGAGGAAUCAGUGCGGAACCACGGAGUUCUCGUCUUAAAGAUAAAAAAAAGGGUGAAGGAGAUUCUGUAGUCAAAGAACUAUUUGUCCAGGACGUGUUACGAAACAAUGAUUUGCUUCAUGUACUCGGAAAAGAGUCUUCUGUAGUACUUCUUCCUCGCAGUUCAGUUGACAUUUCUAUUUGCUCAAAAUUACGUGUCAGAUGCCAGCAACAAAAAGUGAACCCUGAAUUUUCCAUUAAUGUAUGCAAAUCCAAGGAAAUGAAUUCCUCAAAAGGUUUUGGUUCUGAUGAUCUGGUGUUCAACAGAAAUUGUGGAAUCCUGCAAGAAAAAAAUGUCCAUUAUGUGAAAGACAAGUUUACUCUGUCGUGUGAAGGGAAGGGGAUUUCCUCAUUUGAUGCAAACGGCAACUCAUCCCGUUCAAGUUCUAAGCAACUUCAAACAGGCAACAACAAUGAAACUAAUCAAGAAGACGGAUUGUCAGAUCAGAGACUGUUUUCGUGUGUCACAUGUGGGCUAUUAAACUUUUCCUGUGUUGCUAUUGUACGUCCUAGCGAACUAGCAGCUAGAUAUCUUAUGUCUGCUGAUUGUAGCUUCUUUAAUGAUUGGGUUGUUGAUUCUGGAGUACCUAGCAGCAAUAAACUUGUUGCUCACGAAGAUGCAAAUAUUCCUGAGCCAAAUAUGCGGACAGGGCGGACGAAGACAAAUACCCAAGAAGAGGCCUUAAAUACUGAAGGAGGAAAUGGCAAUACAGCUCUUGCAUUAUUGGCUUCAGCGUAUGCAAAUUCUUCCGACUCUGAGGAAGAUGCAAUUGACGAUCAUGAAUUGAAUGCGAUAAACUCUACAUCUGAAAGUUUCCCUUCUAAUGUUCAUGUUUCCCACGCUAAUCCCAUGACUAGACAUGAUAAAGAUGAUAUACUUUCAGAGAGCGUCAAUUACGAAGCACAUAUAUUUGACGUUAAUUUGAGUCAGCCUUGUGAACAAUCAUUCGAGGAACAGGAUUAUAAAGUUACUUCAGAGGAUGCAUUUGAAAAUAAAAGGCCAGUGCCUUAUUCCAUUGCAUAUAGUUCCCAAGAUGCUAAUAAUGCUGAAAAGUCAUUGUCGGCUGAAGCCAUGGUUGCUGUCAAUCGUAAAAAUGCUUUAUUGGUACAGCAAUGUGAUGAAGACUCGUCUAGAAUGCAUGUAUUCUGUCUAGAGCAUGCUGUAGAAGCAGAGAAGCAACUUCGGCCAAUAGGUGGAGCCCACAUAGUGCUCUUAUGUCAUCCAGAUUAUCCCAAGAUAGAGGAUGAAGCAAAGUUGGGGGCAGAAGAGUUGGGGAUUGAUUAUACAUGGAAGAAUAUUGCCUACAGGCAUAGCACCAAGGAAGAUGAAGAGAGGAUUCAGGCAGCUGUGGAUAGUGAAGAAGCAAUUCCCGGGAAUGGGGACUGGGCUGUAAAGCUAGGAAUAAAUCUCUUUUAUAGUGCAAAUCUUAGCCGCUCUCCCCUUUAUAGCAAGCAGAUGCCUUACAAUCCUGUUAUAUAUUAUGCAUUUGGUUGUAGCUCUCCAGCAAGCUCACCAAUAGAACCACAGGUCUAUCAGAGAAGGACCGACAGGCAGAAAAAGGUAGUUGCUGGAAAAUGGUGUGGUAAAGUUUGGAUGUCUAAUCAGGUCCAUCCCCUUUUAGCAAAAAGGGAUUCCGAAGAUGUUGAUGAGGAUGAGACAAUUUUACAUAGAUUCACAUUGCCUGAUGUGAAAAUUGAGAGAUCGGGAAGUACCCCUAAAACUGAAACUGCUAGUACAAAAUCCGCUAGGAAAAGGAAGACGGCCUUAAACAGUGGACGGACCAGGAAAGGAAGUUUUGUUGAAAAAGAUGUGGUUUUAGAUAAUUCCACCGAAAAUAAAUCCAAUCCUCAGGGAAGGAGGAUUCUUAGAAGCAAGCAAGCUAGGAGUGUUGAGAAAGAUGGUGCAGCUUUGCACAGGGAUUGUUCUCCGUAUGGUCAUAGAGAACCUAUGAGCAAAGAAAAAAAUUGCACUGAAAGUGAUGUAGUUUCUGAUGAUCCGCUUGAAGAUGAUUAUCACAUGCGACAUAGAAGGAGUUUUAAUGUCAAAAAAGCUAAAUUUAUUGAUAAUGAUGUGGUUUCAGAUGAUGCAGUGGACUAUGAUUCUGAUUGUCAUCAGAUGGGAGAACUUAGAAGCAAGCAAGAUGAAGAUACAGAGAGAGACUCAAUUUCAGAGGAUUCUUUGGAUGCCAACUUCAUUAGUGAAGAAGAUGCAAUUUCUGAUGACCAAAUGGAGAAUGGCUGUCAGAAGCAACAAAAGAGAAUUCCUAAAAGCAGGAUAGGAAGUUCCCUUGCUGAAAAAGAUUUAUUGAUAUCAGAUGACCAACUGGAGCUGAACAUGCAGAGUCAGCGCCGGAGUUAUUCUAGAAGUAGGAAAUCCAAAUACCUCCACAAAGAGGAAGAGGAUAUUGUAUCGGAUGACCAAAUGAAUAUCUAUUGUCGCAAGUACCAAAGAAGAACAGUUAAAGUCAGGCAAGCCAAAUGUGUAAGGGAAGAUGUAAUAUUUGACGACCAAUUGGAGGAUCCCUAUCAAAAACCAAUAAUUUCUAGAAGGAAAAACAAAGGCAUUCAUAGAGAAUUUAAAAAUGAAGUGUCCGAUGACCAACAAGAGGAUCACUUUCAGAAGCAGCAGCGGAAAGUUCCUAAGAGCAGGAGGCACACCAUACAGACUGAUGAAGAAGUUAUAGAUGACUCGGCUGACGACAAUGCCCGUCUGCUGCAUAGAACUUCUAAAAAGAAGAAAGCUAAAUGCAAGGAUGAAGAUGAUAUGAGUUUAGAUAAUGAAAUGGAAGAUGAUUCUCUUCAGCAGCACAGAACUCUUCCAAGUAAACAAUCCAAACCAAAGACACUUAAACGGAUGAAACAAGCAAAAUCUCUCCCGAUGAAAAACCAGACACCUCGGCCAGUGAAACGAGGGGCUCAGAUGCCGAUGAAAUCAAAGGCUGCUCAGCAAGUAAAGCAGCCUUCUCAUUUGCGAAAUAAACAAUCUGGUAACUCCAGAGAGCCUAGUUUAGAUUUGGAAGACGAAGAAGGUGGACCUAGCACACGCCUUAGAAAGAGACUCCCAAAAGCUGAGGAGUCUGAAGUAAAAUCAAAAGACAAACAAACCAAAAGGAAAAGGACAGCAGCUACUCUUGUUUCAGCUCGCAAUGCCAAAACAGAGGACGAGGAAGCAGAAUUUCAGUGUGACAUUGAGGGAUGCACCAUGAGUUUUGAGUCAAAACAAGAGCUCCUGCAUCAUAAGAAAAAUAUCUGUCCAGUAAAAGGUUGUGGGAAAAAGUUCUUUUCACACAAAUAUCUGGUGCAGCACCGGCGAGUUCAUGAAGAUGACCGCCCGCUCAAGUGUCCCUGGAAAGGGUGCAAGAUGUCUUUCAAGUGGGCAUGGGCUCGAACUGAGCAUAUCCGAGUCCACACCGGUGCACGUCCUUAUGUAUGUGCGGAGCCAGAUUGUGGGCAAACAUUCAGAUUCGUGUCUGAUUUCAGUCGUCAUAAGCGGAAGACUGGUCAUCUAGCAAAGAAGAAGAGUCGUGAAUAA